UAAAUUACUCCCAGUGUCGGACCUUCAUCUCGAACAGCGCAGUGUUGUUGAGGCUGGGAAACGGUCAGGUUUAUGGACAGGCGACCGUAGCUCCUCCAUCCCUUUUUCGAGCACCACCGACUCCCGAGCGCUGAUCGGACUACGCUGACGAGCUAAUCCAGCGCACAGCCAGGCCUGCGCCCCGGUGCCUCCACUGCAGGGCCUCGGUCUUCUUCUGGGGGAAAGUGGGUGUUUGCUGCUCACUGGUGUUUCGGCAGCAGCUGCGGCGGCGCGAAGUGUCCUCGAUGGCUGGCUGGAAGGACGGCUCGGUGCAGGAGAAGUACCGACUGGUGGUGGUUGGAGGCGGAGGCGUCGGGAAAUCAGCUUUGACUAUACAGUUUAUUCAGUCGUACUUUGUCACCGACUAUGACCCCACAAUCGAAGACUCUUACACAAAGCAGUGCGUCAUUGAUGAAAGGCCAGCCAGACUGGACAUCCUCGACACGGCCGGACAGGAAGAGUUUGGAGCCAUGAGAGAACAAUACAUGAGGACAGGGGAGGGCUUCCUGCUCGUCUUCUCAGUCACUGACAGAGGAAGUUUUGAAGAAAUCUACAAAUUCCAAAGACAAAUUCUUCGAGUCAAAGACAGAGAUGAAUUCCCCAUGAUCCUUGUAGGAAACAAGGCAGAUCUGGAGCUACAGAGACAAGUAACCCAGGAAGAAGGCCAGCAGCUGGCCAGACAAUUAAAGGUCACAUAUAUGGAAGCUUCGGCUAAAAUCCGAAUGAACGUAGACCAAGCUUUCCACGAGCUGGUUAGGGUAAUCAGGAAAUUCCAAGAACAAGAAUGUCCCCCGUCACCGGAGCCCACGAGAAAAGAGAAAGACAAAAGCGGCUGCCAUUGUGUGAUCGUCUGAGUCUGCCUUAUCACUGUUAACUCAUGCAGCUAAUCUAUCCCCCCCAUCCCCAGCCCCACUCUGCCUGACAUUUCAUCCCACGUUGGAUGACUGACCGCUGCCUUCUCCAUGUGCAUGACUUCAGACAGCCUUUUCUGAGUUAACUUGGACCAGGAACUGCUGUUUCCAGGACAUCGCUAUGGGACAACUGACGAUGCCAAAUUUUUAAAACCACUCUACCUUCAGCUGCGCUCUAAUCCACGCCAGAGAGUACCAACACUAAACAUUGCCUUCUUAAAUCAGCCUGUCAAAUUAAAUGUUUUGUACUCUGAAGGACUCCUCUUGCCUUGUAGUGACAUUUGUAUUUGCUACCGAGAUUGAAUGAAAUCUAUAUCCAGAAUGUUAAUGACUUUUCUUUAGUUUUCAGGGUCUGAAUAGAGCAGAGAUUAUCUUAUGAAGCUUUGCGUUUGUUGUGCCAUAUCCACCUUUACUCCCAUGUGCUAAUCUGCUACUGUACAUAUGUGACAUUUGUUGUGAUUUUAAAAGUGUAUUUCUAAUGACCUAUUAAAUCACCACAGUGCAGUGUGUGAGGUUGAGUUUGGUUUUACUUAUAAAAACUGAAUAUGUAUGUAUAUAAAUGUAAUUCCUAGAUAUCCUUUAAUGAUAUAUUGGCAUAUUUCUGGUAUUCUGCAUUUGAUAACUUUCCCCUUUUUUGCUUCAGCUAAAUUGCCAAAUAUUGAUGUCUGCUGUAUUGAUUUCCCCCCCAAGGCUAAUAGAUUAAAUGAUUGUAAUCAUGUUCCAUAUUCUCAAAAUACAUGAAGUAGCAGGUUUUGCCUCAAUUUUCUUUCUCACUCAGUAAAUUCAGAAAUUUUAAAAAUGAUCAUGAGCAUCAUGUUUUAACAUAAAGUUGACUCAUGAUGUUUUCAUGCUUACAUAAAAAAAUACAACCAGUUUGUCUUAGUCUCUGACAUUAACUCAGUCUAAAGGUUUCUGAUAGUGGCUCAGUAAAAAUUAGGUUAUUCUGAUAAAUGCCAUAAUUCAGAUUUUUUUUUUCAGUCUUUCAAUUUAGGAUUCCUUAGAAUUUUUUCAUUUUUUAACUCAAUGACUUAUAU